AUGGGCGGUCGAAUGCCGUUCAACCAGUCUUUCUGGGAGGAGUUCCUCAUGGGCCGUGAAGGCCGCCUGCCUACUCUCCCAGAAAUAUCUCAUGUUAGCAAACGCGUUGUCCGUAUCCUAGGCGGAAACCCGGGUAGCAUGCAUCUCCAGGGAACAAAUACCUAUCUCGUUGGAACAGGCAGGUCCCGUAUACUCAUCGACACAGCACAGGUAAAGCAAGCCUCUUUUCUACGGCUCCAGAGAGCUCCAAGUCAGCUAAUCCAUAGCAAAAAGGGCCUCCCUGUCUGGAUCAGUCGCAUUUCCUCAUUCCUUCGUACUCAUAACCUUGAACUCUCCUACGUUCUACUUACCCAUUGGCACGGUGAUCACACUGGCGGCGUCCCAGACUUACUCGCACACAGCCCCUCCCUCGCAGAUAAAAUAUACAAGAACUGCCCGGACGCAGGCCAAAAUCCUAUCACAGAUGGGCAAAUUUUCUCCGUGAAUGGCGCGACUGUGCGCGCCGUCUUCACGCCUGGACAUUCAGUAGAUCAUAUGUGCUUCCAACUCGAGGAAGAGAACGCCCUUUUCACGGGGGAUAACGUUCUAGGCCAUGGGUUCAGCGUUGCCCAGGACUUGGGGCGUUACAUGCAUAGCCUGGGGGAUAUGGCGUCGUUGGGCUGCGGUAUUGGGUAUCCAGCACAUGGUGCGGUGAUUGGAAACCUACCCGAGAAGCUGGAGGAGUAUAUGAAGCAUAGGGAAGGGCGAGAGAGAAUGAUGUUGUCUACGCUGACGAGAGAACAGGCUCAAGGUGAAGGAGGACGAGUGGGAGAGACCAAGGGUGGAUUGACGCUGAAUGAAAUUGUGAUUGCUAUGUAUGGAAGAGUGCCGCAGGAGGUGGUUGAGAAGGCUUUGGCGCCAUCAUUGCUACAGGUAUUGUGGAAAUUGGCCGAAGAUCGAAGAGUGGGAUUUAAGCCGGGGGAUCCGCUCAAGAGAAGAUGGUUUGCGUUAGAUCAGAGGAAGAGAAAUAGGGUGCGUGGGUAUCCUAGUUAA